AUGGAAGAGCAACCCAAUAGAAAUUAUUGUGCUGAGUGUAAUGUUACAACUUACAAUCUCAAUGCAUGGAAUGCCCAUCUAUCUGGGCAAAGACAUAUAAGACAUAUGAGAACACUUAAAAAUAAUCAAAAAUUUGUCAAAAAUGAUCAACAUCAAGACAAUCUUGGAAUUAUUGUCACUGGAUCUAAUCAGCCAAUGGAUCAACAUGUGCUCACAAAUUAUUUCCAAAAAUUUGGACCUGUGUCUAGCAUAAACAUCGGAUCCACCCAUACAACAGUUUAUUUUUCCAACCCUGCAAUAAGAGAUCAAGUACUACAAAGUCGUCAUAUUAUAAACGGAAACGAGGUGUUUCUAGAAAAAGAGAAGUCCCCAUCUAGCAAUCCCUCAGCCCAGUCGGAAGAUAGUCAAGACUUCAUGCUUCAAGUCAAUAAUUUAAUUAGCACCUUACAACCCAACCUCGAAGCUGAAUAUAUGAAAUACCAUGCGGUUUGUAAAGAUUUAUACAAUGCGUUGAUACAGAUAUAUCCGAAUUGUUCAAUAUAUCCAUUUGGUUCAACAAUUUCCGGCCUUUGUUUCAACAACAGCGACAUAGACGUGUUCGUAGGAAACGUACAUAUGGAUUCAAAAUGUAAGGCUUUGUAUAGAGCCAGAGCAGCGCUCUCACGAUCUAAAUUAUUUGGUAAUUGUAUUGUGAUACCUCAGGCGAAAAUACCGAUUCUGAAAACGAUACAUUUACCGACUGGCACCAACAUUGACAUGAAUUGUAAAAGUAUGCUUGGAGUUUGCAAUUCAGAAAUGAUUAAGUAUUAUUUGAGUCUAGAUGAAACGAAAGUUAAACCUCUGAUGAUGAUAAUCAAAUAUUGGGCGAAACGCCAUGAAUUAUCCGGCAGCAAUCAUUUAUUUACGAACUAUUCGCUGUAUCUAAUGAUUAUAUUUUAUCUGCAACAGCCUCCAUAUAAUUUUCCAUGUGUGCAUCAGCUGCAAAAUUUUCCCGACGUUGUAGACUUGCAUGAACGAUGGAACGGGGCGAUAGCACAAAUUCCCUACGAUAAGAGCCAGCUAAAUGUGGGUGUCAAAAAAUUAUUAAAAGGGUUUUUUGAGUUUUAUGCGAAGUUUCCGUACAACACUGUAGUCAUUUGCCCGUUCUUGGGGAAAAAUGUUUUGAAAGUUGAUUUUAUGAGUGUGGAAACAUUAUCUGAUAAAUUUUUCAGGUAUAAAGAAGAGGUAGGCAAAUUUCCACAGCGAGCAUUAAAAUAUGACUCGACGAUUUGUCUUCAAGACCCUCUGGAACUUAAUAGGAAUUGUUUGAAAGUUAUCAGUCCACUCGUUUUAGAAAAGUUUGUUGAAUAUUGUCUGUUUGCUUCUGAAUUACUCUCGGGAGGUGACGAGAAUAUAUUAAAUAAGCUUUUCACAACGUGUCCAGUCGACACGACUGAAAAAAAACUUGUUCAAGCUGAGUUUACCAUAACGAGAAAUUCGGUGUCCGAAUUCCAAUCGGGCGUAAAUAAGGAAGAACUAGAUGAUGGAACAGAUGAAAUUUGGUUCCACACAGUGGUGGACUUCACCAAAACUAUUCUUAAAGACGUUCUCUUAAUUGAAAUAGAAGAAAUAACUGAUCAAGGUCCACCACCAGCCAAGAAAGUUAAAACAGAAGAGGUUUACACCAGCAAUAUUAAAGAUAAAAUGAUUUACGUGUGCACAGCAAAUUAUGACACGUGGUCCAACAGAAGGUUCGCGGAAAAUAAAUUAGAUGAAAAAGGUCCGUCCGAACUGAUGGCUAUAGACAAGCAGAAAAAAGUAACAGAUUUAAUGGAUCGUCCACUGAGACAAUUAAAAAUAAAAUUCAAUGUGAUAUUCAAUUAUAAAACUGAUCCGUGUUCGGUUAUAAUACAAAUAAAUAAAGCGAAUCGUGAACCAAAACUGAAGUGGUUCAGGUCUAUGAGUCGAUUUAUUGUAUAUACAGUCCCUAGUUGGUUUAGUAUUCACGAAAAAGAAUUAAAUAAAAAAUGGUCGAAAUCUCAGGCAGAUAAGAAUAAUGUUGUAAUUGAAGUUACAUAAACAAAGUUGUUGUUUUCAUUUGUGUAAUAAUUUUGUAUUACUUACAAGACUUAUUUAUGUUAA